AUGGGUAACCUUCCAGAGUUUUUACAGACCACCCCUCCACGAGGGGGGCAGUGCUGCCCGCAGGGAAAAAGGAGAGGGACGAGAAGAGAAAGGAACUCCGGCCGCUGCCAUCCUGCAGCUGCUGCGGGGAGAGGACCCAGCAAACGCGGCCGGUUGUGCUCCCACCGCAGGGACUGGACCCUGAACCCCGCAGUGCCCGGGCAGCGGCAGCGGCGGAGCCGGGGCUGCCGCAUCCCCGCCUGCCCCCAACACCCGCGGGGGAAAAGCAACAGCAGAAAACCUCUAACGGCCGCGAAAGGGGGAAAACACCGAAAACAAGCACAGAACAGGUUCCAAAGACCCCCAACCCGCGGCAGAGCCCGGGGCUGUCGGGAAUCCCGCGCAGGGACCGGGCGGGGCCGAGGGAGCGUCAGCGCUGGGGAGGAGCCGACAGCGGGAACGCGCUCCGGCCCUGCCGCCCGCACGGCCCGCGCGUUCCGCAGGGAGCUGCGAACCGCCGGGGAUCGGGGCUUUCUGCGGGGCAGAGCUCACCCGAGCGGGGCCGCCCGGGGAGCGGAGCGGUUCCCCCCGCGGCCGCCCGGGGAGCGGAGCGGUUCCCCCGCGGCCGCCCGGGGAGCGGAGCGGUUCCCCCCGCGGCCGCCCGGGGAGCGGCGCGGUUCCCCCCGCGGCCGCCCGGGGAGCGGAGCGGUUCCCCCCGCGGCCGCCCGGGGAGCGGAGCGGUUCCCCCCGCGGCCGCCCGGGGAGCGGAGCGGUUCCCCCCGCGGCCGCCCGGGGAGCGGAGCGGUUCCCCCCGCGGCCGCCCGGGGAGCGGAGCGGUUCCCCCCGCGGCCGCCCGGGGAGCGGAGCGGUUCCCCCCGCGCCGCCCGGGGGCUGUGCCCCGCCGGAGCCUUUGCACAGAGGCCUCGCACACAGGUUCCGUCCGCCGGCUUUCCGUGCGGCCGGCGAGUUCACACGGCAGAGACUGGAGGGAACAGAAUGGAGCUGCAGACACAGGAGGUACCGACCGAGAGGUCCCUGGAGCCCGCGGGGCGGGUGCCGCAGCAGCUGCGCUCCCUCAGCAGAUUGUCAUUUUUAAACGAAUUUCUAAUAAAAUACCAUGUGGCUACCAUAUCGAUAGAAAAGGCAUUUCGUACAUCUACUCUCGCGCUGUUUUCUACACCGUAGCAAUAAAGUUCAUAAUUUUCCUUUACCCUCUUUCGUCCUGUUUGCGCUAUAUAGGUGCCCACACACGUAUUAUCGCUAGUUCGUCAGCUGAAAUUCGUGAUCCGGGAUUUCCCAUAUUUUACCCCUUUUUUGAGCUCACAGUCUGGACUUCACCCCGCGGCCUGUGUGUGUAAUUUCGCGGGUGUUACCCUCGGCGGGGCGGAUCUUCCACAGCGGAUUCCCCGCGGCUUUUCGGCCGCUGUCUCCCCCUCGAUGCAUUUUCGGUCCAUGCUCAGCCCCCGGGCGGCGCCUGCCCGGGAGCUGUGCUCGUGUGUGUUUGUUUGUGUCCGUCUGUCUCUGUCCGUUCCUGCUCGCUCCCGCUCCGCUCAGUUCUUGUCUCUGUGUAUUUUCUCUUGUCUCUGUGUAUUUUCUCUUGUCUCUGUGUAUUUUCUCUUGUCUCUGUGUAUUUUCUCUUGUCUCUGUGUAUUUUGUGCGGUCCCGCUCCCGCUGCAGCCGCCGCCUUUCUCCGCUCGGUGCAUUCGCCGCUCCCAUCCCGUUUCCCUGCGCUCUCUCCGUUCGGCCCUGUGCCAUUCCGCUCUCAGUCCCGGCCCGGCUUUGCCUCCUCCCGCCAUCGCCUCGGGUCAGCAGAGUCUGUGAUC